UAUGUAUAUUAUGCCUACAAAGGCAUUUACGGCAACGUCUACUUAGGCUAAGCAUAAAUAAGCAAAAGUGAUCAUUUACGAAUUUCUAUUCAGAGACGUAUAGCUAUACUUAAUGGAGAAGCGGUAAUCAUUCGUCGGAUUGCAGACUUAUAAGACACACACGAAACUCGGCGGUCGCGUCUUCAAGCGCUAAUUCGGUUACUUAAGCAAAUGAGUGAUAUUAUUUAAAAUAACGUUCUUUGUAUUCAGUUGCUAAGGCAGUGAUAAUUCAUUUUAAUUAAUCUGUGCUUAUUUAAAAACGAAAUAUAGUAUAUCUUCAAUACAUAAAAUUGAUAUCCUUAAAAUUUUCUUUUAUUGUAAAAAUAAGAAGAAAAUAAAAAUAUAUUCAUUAAUAAACCAAAUAGUAGUGUUAACGCAAAAAAAAAAUAAAUAAAUAUAAUUAUUACUAAGUUUUAUUAAACUAAAGCUAGCAAAAUGCCUACCGUAGCCGAAGAAUCUAUCGAUGCAUUCCAACAAUAUUAUGCUCGACCACCGGAGCGACCCAAAAAACGCUCAUUUAAGCAAAUGAUAUAUGAUCCAGAGGAGAAAACAUAUUGCGGGCGAACAGUGGAAAGUUGGGCAAAAAUUGGUGUUUUCUAUACUGCAUUUUAUGGUGUCUUAGCAGCGCUGGUUGCAAUUUGUAUGUGGGCAUUCUUCCAAACAUUGGAUCCACGUAUACCAAAAUGGACGUUGGAGAGCUCCAUUAUUGGCACAAAUCCAGGUCUUGGUUUUAGGCCACUACCCCCAGAGGACAAUGUUGAAAGUACUCUAAUUUGGUACAAGGGCACACAGCAUGAAAACUACAAACACUGGACGGAUUCUCUUGAUAAAUUCUUAGAUGUAUAUAAAGUGCCCGGUUUAACUCCUGGUCGUGGUCAAAACAUUUAUAACUGCGAUUACAAUCAACCACCACCAAAGGGUCAAGUAUGUGAUGUCGAUAUCAAAUCGUGGUUGCCUUGCGUGAAAGAAAAUAACUACAGCUAUCAUAAAAGUUCACCGUGCGUUUUCUUAAAAUUAAACAAAAUUUAUGGAUGGAUACCAGAAUAUUAUAAUGAUUCUAGAACUUUGCCCAAGGAAAUGCCGAAAAAUUUGAAAGAAUAUAUUUCAAACGUUGAGACCACUGAAAAUCAUAAAAUGAAUACUAUUUGGGUAUCGUGCGAAGGUGAAAAUCCAGCUGAUCAAGAAAAUAUUGGACCAGUUGAUUAUUUACCCAUACGAGGUUUCCCUGGCUAUUUCUAUCCAUAUCAAAACUCUGAAGGCUAUUUAAGUCCACUUGUUGCUGUACAUUUUCAACGCCCAAAAAAUGGCAUUAUCAUAAACAUUGAAUGCAAAGCUUGGGCACGCAAUAUAGUCCACGAUCGCAAAGAAAGAAUAGGUUCAGUACAUUUCGAAUUACUGAUCGAUUAACAGCAAAAUUGUUUUUUUUUUCAAAAAAAAAAAAGAAAAAAUUAUUUAUAAUUAAAAAAAAUCUGUGCACAAAUAUGAAAACGAACAGGAAACUAAUUACGCAAUGUUUUUCCAAAAUAUCUAACUUAUUUAUUAAAAUCUUUUAAAAUCGAAUUAUUUAUUAAUUAAUUGCAAAAUAUCUUCCAACACCCAUACACUGCUAUAGACUAUACGUUUAUCUAUUAUCUGGUAUAUAUGUACGUUGUCCCCAAAAAAUCAGUGCUUUUAGUGCUUCAAUUAUUAUAUAUUAUUA